AUGGCCGACCACGACGACUCGCGCAAGGUGAACCUCGUGUCCCAGGACGGCGACAGCUUCGAGGUCGCCCGCUCCGUGGCCUGCAUGAGCGAGCUCGUCAAGACGAUGAUUGCGGACGAGCAGGACGACGACGAGGUCCAGGAGAUCCCGCUGCCCAACGUCAAGAGCACGGUACUCUCCAAGGUCAUCGAGUUUUGCAGCCACCACCACAACAACCCGAUGCAGGAGAUCGAGAAGCCCUUGCGCAGCGGCGACAUGCACGACGUGGUCUCGGAGUGGGACGCGUCGUUCGUCGACAUUGAGCAGGACUUGCUCUUUGAGCUCAUCUUGGCGGCCAACUACAUGGACAUCAAGAGCCUGCUUGACCUCGCGUGCGCCAAGGUCGCGAGCAUGAUCAAGGGCAAGACGCCGCAAGAGAUCCGCGACACGUUCAACAUCACCAACGACUUUACGCCCGAGGAAGAGAGCCAAAUCCGUGAAGAGAACAAGUGGUGCGAGGAAGCAUAAGUGGCGACGCCUCUUUUAUAGUAUGAGCAGUGGAUACGAACAGGAUAAGAUGCCAACCGGC